AGAAGCGGGUUGGUGUUUCUGUUUCUGUGCCUGCUGCGAGCUCAACGGCUGCUCAAAGCUCCGAGCGGGGCAGACCAUUUCUUCGAGGUGUUUCCAAAUACCAUGGAGACAAUGCAAGAGCUGAUCCCAUUUGCGAAAGAGAUGCUGAGCCAGAAGCCCAACAGCAAAAUGGUCAAGCUGUACAUGCUGGGGAGCAUGCUGGCAUUCUUUGGAGUGGUUAUUGGCCUGGUGGAGACUGUCUGCAGCCCUUUCACCUCUGAGGGGAGGCUGGAGGAAGAGGAGGAGGAGGAGGAGAAAAAGAAAAGGCCUGUUUUGCCACUGAAAAAAAGAGAGGAGGAGUUGGAGGUUGUGCUUCCAAAACAGGACGUGAUACAGGAAAAAGGCAAACAGGCACUGGCUUUGAGGAAUUCCGUGAACAGGCAACAUGCCUCAUAGGAAGACUGUUCUUUGCGGGAAUUAGAUGAUGGUGACCUGCAGCAUGCAGGACAUUUGUCGCUUCUUAAGGGGCAGAUUCCCAAAAGUGAAAGAACAUCUGCUCUGUGUGAAAGGCAGAAAGACUCUUGAAAGAAAGUCCAAAAAGACUCUGUAUUUUAUUUUGCUGCUGUGCAGCAGUUGAACACUGCCAUUUAAAGUCUUUCAUACCUGUUCUUUUGGUAUGACAAUGCUCUAUUGCAUCUUAUACAUGCCUAUGUGGGAUUUAUUUUUACUAAUGUCUAUAUAUGUGUUUUACAGAUAUUUUGCAUUUUAAAUAAACCAUUUUAUAC